GCUCCCUUUUCGUACGAUAUAAAACUAUGUGUUGCAUUUAGAUGUAAUUCAUUCAUUUUCUCCAGAAGAACAAAAAGGAAAAAAAAUGGUUGUUUCUCGACUUGUUCUAGCUUCAAUCUCUCUUGCUUGUUGCCUUUCGGGAUUUGUGUUUGGAGCGACACUUAUAGAUAAUGAAGUGCAAUAUUUGAAAGACAUAGGAAAGACGCUGGGGAAGAAUGACUGGAACUUCGGCGUGGAUCCGUGCGGUGGAGAAGAAGGGUGGAGUACGGCCAAUCCCGUGAAGGGAUUUGAGAAUUCCGUCACCUGUAAUUGCUCCUUCUCCAAUGGCAAUGACACAGUCUGCCAUGUCGUUAGCAUAGUUCUUAAGGCACAGAAUCUCCAAGGCAGCCUCCCAAAAGAUUUGGCUAAGUUCACUUUCCUUCAAGAAAUUGAUCUCAGCCGCAACUUCCUUAAUGGCACAAUACCCCCAGAGUGGGGUUCCAUGCAACUUGUCAACAUUUCUCUUCUUGGAAAUCGUUUAGCAGGUCGAAUCCCGAAAGAGCUAGGAAAUAUAAGUACUCUUACCAGCUUAACAACUGAGUUCAAUCAGCUUUCAGGACCUUUGCCUCCGGAGCUUGGGAAUCUACCUGUGAUUGAAAGAAUGCUUCUUAGCUCUAACAAUUUUACCGGUGAAGUACCUGAAACAUUUGCCAAGUUGACCACAUUGAAAGAUUUUCGGAUUAGCGAUAACCAGUUCACUGGACAGUUUCCUAGCUACAUCCAGAAUUGGACAAAACUUGAAAAACUAGCAAUACAGGCAAGUGGUCUGAUGGGACCAAUUCCAUCAGGCAUUAGUGAUCUCGAAAAGUUAACUGACCUGAGAAUCAGUGACUUGAAUGGAACUGAUGCAACUUUUCCACCCCUUAGUAGCAUGAAGAAACUGAAGAUACUGAUAUUGAGGAGUUGCAAUCUCAUCGGAAAGCUACCUGAUUAUCUUGGGGAUAUGACAAAGUUGAAGACCUUAGAUCUCAGCUUUAACAAACUCAGCGGAGAAAUUCCGAGCAGUUUUUCUGGCCUUAUGGAUGUGGAUUACUUGUAUUUAACAAGAAACUUGCUUACUGGUUCAGUACCUAGUUGGAUACUGGAAAAAGGAGACAAUGUUGAUCUUUCGUAUAACAAUUUCGAUGCGAGCCAAGGGACAUCUUGUCAACAGCGGAGUGUGAAUCUGUUUGCAAGCACUUCAAGUAGCAAUACCUCGGGAGCUGUUUCUUGCUUGAGAAGCUUUGUUUGCCCAAAAUCCUGGUACUCUCUCCAUAUAAAUUGUGGUGGGAGAGAAGUAGUUAUUGGAGGUAAUACCACAUAUGAAGAUGAUGCAGAUGGAGCCGGGGCAUCAAGAUUUUACCAAAGCAGAUCUAACUGGGCGUUCAGCAGCACUGGUCACUUCUUGGAUGAUGACCGUCCAUCGGACGCUUAUAUUGGGACGAAUUCAUCGAAACUCUCCAUGAAUGAUUCCAGACUAUACAUGAAUGCACGCCUUUCUCCCAUUUCUUUGACUUACUAUGGACUUUGUAUGGGCAAUGGGAACUACACAGUCAACCUCCAUUUUGCGGAGAUUACGUUCACUAAUGACAAAACAUAUAGCAGCUUAGGAAGGCGCAUAUUUGACAUUUAUCUCCAGGGAAAGCUGGUGCAGAAGGAUUUUAACAUUGCGGAAGAAGCAGGUGGAGUCGGUAAGGCGGUCGUAAAGAAAUUUCCUGCGAUGGUGACUAAUAGUACUUUGGAGAUCCGCCUUCAUUGGGCUGGAAAAGGGACGACUGCCAUUCCUGUUAGAGGAGUUUAUGGUCCUCUUAUAUCAGCUAUAUCCGUGAAUCCCGAUUUUAUACCUCCAGCAGAAGAUGGUGGUAGUAGCGGCGGUAUAUCGGUAGGUGCAUUGGUCGGAAUCUCAGCUGGAUCAGUGUUUGUCAUCUUUCUGGUUGGGGCAUUACUUUGGUGGAAAGGCUGUUUAAGACCAAAAAGCCAAUUGGAAAGAGACUUACAAGGUCUAGACUUGCAGACUGGUUCCUUUAGUUUGAGGCAAAUCAAAUCUGCUACAAAUAACUUUGAUGUUGCUAAUAAAAUCGGAGAAGGCGGCUUUGGUCCCGUUUACAAGGGUAUUCUGGCAGAUGGCACAGUUGUAGCUGUUAAGCAACUAUCAGCCAAAUCGAAACAAGGGAAUCGAGAGUUUGUGAAUGAAAUAGGAAUGAUUUCUGCUCUGCAACACCCUCAUCUGGUAAAGCUAUUUGGUUGUUGCAUAGAAGGAAAUCAACUGUUGCUGAUCUAUGAGUACAUGGAAAACAACAGCCUUGCUCGAGCACUGUUCGGUCCACAAGAAUGCCAAUUGAAAUUAGACUGGCCAACGAGACGGAAAAUCUGCAUCGGAAUAGCUAGAGGUUUGGCAUAUCUACAUGAAGAAUCAAGGUUGAAGAUUGUUCAUAGAGACAUCAAGGCUACAAAUGUCUUGCUCGACAAGAAAUUAAACCCUAAGAUAUCAGAUUUCGGAUUAGCCAAGCUUGAUGAAGAGGAUAACACUCACAUUAGCACCCGAGUCGCCGGAACAUAUGGCUACAUGGCUCCUGAAUAUGCAAUGCGCGGUUAUUUAACCGACAAAGCUGAUGUUUAUAGCUUCGGGAUCGUGAUACUCGAGAUCGUCAGCGGAAGGGCCAACACGAGCUAUCGUUCGAAGGACGAAUGCUUCUAUCUUCUUGAUUGGGUUCAUGUUUUAAAGGAGGAAGGGAAACUACCGGACAUGGUCGAUCCAAGAAUCGGUCAUAACUACAAAAAAGAGCAAGUAGCGUCAAUGAUCAACGUGGCACUUUUAUGCACCGAUGUUAACGCGGCGGCAAGGCCUGCAAUGUCCUCUGUGGUCAGCAUGCUCGAAGGGAAGGCUUCGGUUCAGGAAAUCGAAACGGAAUCGAGCCGUUUCGCGGACAGAUCGGACUCAAAGGCAAUGGCGAAGAAGCUUUACCAGCACCUUGAAGAAAAGAGUGCCCCUGAAAGCCAGACACACAGUAUGUCAGCAGUUGGGCCAUGGAUUUCUUCCUCAUCAUCAACUGCUGAUCUUUAUCCAGUCACUACAACUUCCGAGUAUUGGCAGAACCGAGACUCGGCAAAUUAACCCCGUUCUCUUCAAUGUUGAUGGAAAUGAACUGAGAUGUUGCUGUCUGUUAAUGUAAGUUAGAAAACAAAAGAAAAGGGGACGAGUUGCAGUAAAAAUUUGCUAAAAAGCAAAAUAUAAAUUGUCGAUAUAGCAAACUGGUUUUAUGCAAAUU